AUGACGGAUUCCUGGCGUCCGAUACUGCAGCAACUGACCAACGAGUUGGAGCGGCAGACUCAACGGCUGAGGGAAUUGGAAGCGCAGCGCCUGGUGGAUCUCUCGGUCUCCCUGAAUGGCCGCCGUUCGAUGGCCUCCAUGGCAUCCAUGCCGGACUCGCCCACGAAUCGGCGGACCAUCACAGCAUCCACGGAGGUGCCACUGGAGGCCGAGGAGGCCACGGCGCAGCCUGCGGAGGUCUGGGCGGAGAAAACACAGGAGGCCAUGGACCAUGAGAAAUCCGAGGAGGACGAGAAGCAGGAUUGGAAGGCGCGAAUUCGCAGCCGAGCCUCGACCUUUGACUUCUCCUCCCUUCGUUUGAUUCGUGCCACAAGGACCACCCGCAGCCGACCAGGUGAGUCGGCGAUAAAGAAAAAACCGAAAUAUGUCAUCAACCCGCAGAGCAAUCGUUAUGCCUACUGGCAAUUGCUCACCACUGUGGCCCUGGGAUUUGUCGUGAUUGUAGUGCCGUACCAGGUUGGUUUGCUGGAACUCCAGUGGGAUGUGUUGAUGGCCGUCAGCUGCGUGGUGGAUCUGGUCUUUGUCACAGACAUGGUCAUCCAAUUCUUCACCAUGUACCCCUAUACCACGGCGCGUGGGAUUCAAUGGGAGGACAGCCUCAGCAAAAUUGCGAAGCACUACAUGCGCACCUGGUUCCCCGUCGACUUGCUGACCAUCAUCCCAUUUGACAUUAUCGAGCUCUCUAGCGGUGUGGGUCAGGUGGGUGCCUUCAAAGGAACCAAGGCCAUUCGCGCCCUGAGACUCUUGAAGUUGAUGAGAGUGCUGAAGAAUUUGAGAUGGCUACACAAGCUUGAGAUUGCGGUGUCUAUCCCAUAUCAGCAAUUCGCGUUGGUUCGCUUCCUCUUCGUCCUGUUGAUCGUGUGCCAUUGGCUCUCGUGCGUCUGGGCCAUGACUCUCCAGCUCUCGGAUCCCCAGUCGGAGCCGAAGAUCCCCACCUGGAUUGAUGAUGUGGAAAAUUCCGAUGCCACCCUUGGGAUUGACACCCGAAGUGAGCCCUUUCGGAUGUACCUCACAGCCUUCUACUUCUGCAGCUAUACGAUGACCUCCGUAGGCUAUGGCGACAUUUUCCCCCGCAACAUCAUCGAGCGGGUGGUGUGCACCAUGAUCAUUCUGACGGCUGGACUCUGCUGGGCCUAUGUCCUGGGUGAGGUGUGCGCCAUCGUCAGCGACAUGAACGAAGAAACGCAGGCCUUCCGCAAGAAGAUGACGGACCUGAAUACCAUGAUGUGGGAGCAGGGUCUGCCAUACGAGCUCCGCUGCCGGCUGCGCAGCUUCUUCCUGCAGAACCGGCACCAAGCGAUGCACGUCACGCGGCAACGCCUGCGGGAGUCCAUGAGUCCGCAGCUGCAGUCCGAGGUGUGUAUUGCCCUGAACUUGGCGUGGUUGAGAAGAGUGACCUUUUUCACCCAAUUCAUGGAGCUCAUCGAGGAAACCGAGGCCAAAGGCAUGGACGUGGACGCCUUUCGGAUGUGCAUCGCGGAUGUGAGUCGCGAGCUGGACUGUGGGGCCUUCGCCCAGGGGGAACGCUUUGAGAACGUUCAUGUGCUCUACAUUUUGUCCAAGGGUUUGGUGGCCUUGAACUCGCGGGUCAUCAGCGGUGGAGCCGUGUGGGGGGAGGAUUUUGUGCUGUCGGAUGUCAAUUUGAUCCACCCGGUGAGGGGCUUCGCUCUGACCUACUUGGAAGUCUUGUGCUUAACCCGCGCCAACUUCAUGAAGGUCAUCGAGAGAAGGCGGAUCCGUUGUCCCCAGCUGGGGCAGAUUGUGCGGAAGUUCACGGUUCGCUUGGCCGCGCGUAGAGGAAUUCUCCAGCACGCACAGCAUGCGAAGAAGCUGAUGGCCGCGCGGGAAGCCGCCAGGGCCAUGGGAAACGUGACCCCCUCGAACUCGACGACUUUGUCGCCGGUGCUCAGUCCGACCAACCACUCACCACCGCCUCCCCGGGUACCUUCGCAGAG